AUGUUGGUUCAUGGCGACCCGAGGAGCAAGUUAGCCCUAAAUUUAAUCUUCAAUUUUUUGAUGCAUUGCCCUCGUCCGCGGUUUGACUUUAAUAAGGUGCCAAAGAUUACCUGGUUCCCUGGACACAUGCACGCAGCCAUCAAAAAGAUGCGGGAGAACAUGUCAAGCAAGGUAGAUAUUGUCAUCGAGGUUAGAGACUCUCGAGUACCAAUCAGCUGCAUCAAUCCACUCUUUGAAGAGCUAUUUGAAACCAAAAGGCGCAUCAUUGUCUAUAACAAGAGGGAUUUGGCUGGGGCAAGCCCGUUUUUGGAUGCGGUAAAAACCUCGCAAAAGAGUGUCAUUGGCAUCGCCAGCAUCAGUGCCAAGGAGGAUAAUCCACAUAAGCAGGCAAGGUCUGCCGAUGCCGUCCUUGAUAUUAUAAGAGCGAGAUACCCACCGACCCAGGUUCUACCUAGCACUUUUAGGCUUCGAGGGCUUGUGGUGGGAAUGCCAAAUCCCCGGGCUUAUGCUGCCUCGAAUUAUCCACCCAGAAAUGGCGCUCAAAAUGUCCCUGACCGGUACUUGCUUUUCGUAAUUGCAAUAGCCAUGGUUAAGGAGUCCAUUUUGGGGGAGAUUUUGAUUGCGGACUAUUUGCUUUUCAGAUUGAAUUUGUUGCCCCCCGACGGCGAGGAUCGGCCCUUUUAUGUCAAAUAUUUCAGGAUGGAUGCCCCCACAGAAGAUGUUGGCAUUUUUUUGGAAGCCGUGGCUACGAGAUUGGGAUUGGUUAAAAAAGGAGGCACCCUCGAUAUCCAUCUUGCCGCCGUUAGAUUGAUCCGAAUGUACAAUGAGGGCUUUUUUGGAUCGUUUUCCCUCGACUAG